GCGAUAAGGAGGAUAUUUUUCCCACUUUCUUUCCCGCUUCACUCUUUGCUCUUAACCAUGCUGUGCUCUUUCUCCCAAUCACCAGGUAAAAUCUAGGGUUUUGAUCCGCCGGCCUGAAAGACGCAAAGCAUGGCUUCGUUGAACGUCUUCCCUUCUCUCUACGACUUUCGGCUCACUAGAAAUCCCAAGCUUCCAAGGAACUUCGUUUCGUGCAUUUUUAACUCUCUUGAGUUGGCCAAAGGUGUGCAAAGAUCAAAAUCUCCACGUAGAAGAUCUAGGACUGAUGGAUCAGGGAAAAGCAUGGAUGAUUCAGUUCAACGAAAAUUGGAACAGUUUUACGAGGGACCAAAUGGACCACCUAUACGAGUACUUCCUAUAGGUGGUUUAGGGGAAAUUGGAAUGAACUGCAUGCUAGUUGGAAACUAUGACCGUUAUAUCUUAAUUGAUGCAGGAGUGAUGUUUCCAGAUUAUGAUGAGUUAGGUGUUCAGAAAGUUAUACCUGAUACUGCAUUCAUUAAAAGAUGGAGCUCUAAAAUUGAAGCAGUUGUUAUAACUCAUGGGCAUGAGGAUCACAUUGGUGCGUUGCCUUGGGUUAUUCCAGCUCUAGAUUCCAAUACUCCAGUUUAUGCUUCGUCAUUCACAAUGGAGCUCAUCAAGAAGCGUUUGAAGGAAUUUGGAAUUUUCAUUCCAUCCAGGCUUAAGGUUUUUAAAUGUAGGGAGAAAUUUCUGGCGGGACCAUUUGAAGUGGAGCCACUCCGAGUAACUCAUUCUAUCCCAGAUUGCUGUGGUUUAGUCCUCCGGUGCAAAGAUGGUACAGUUUUUCAUACCGGUGACUGGAAGAUUGAUGAAUCUCCUUUGGAUGGGAAAGCUUUUGAUCGUGAAUCAUUGGAGGAGCUUUCUAAAGAAGGAGUGACUUUAAUGAUGAGCGACUCAACUAAUGUCCUUUCCCCUGGAAGAACUUUAAGUGAGGCUGUUGUUGCAGAAUCGUUGUUAAGGCAUAUUUCAUCUGUUAAAGGAAGAGUUAUAACGACCCAGUUUGCAUCUAAUAUUCAUCGUAUUGGUAGUGUGAAAGCUGCUGCUGAUUUAACUGGUAGAAAAUUGGUAUUUGUGGGAAUGUCCUUGAGGACUUACUUAGAUGCUGCUUUCAGAGAUGGAAAGGCUCCAAUGGAUCCUUCAACUUUAGUGAAAGUGGAGGACAUUGAUGCCUAUCCACCUAAUGGUUUAUUAAUUGUUACAACUGGCUCUCAGGCGGAGCCGCGAGCUGCUCUAAAUCUAGCAUCCUUUGGAGGUAGUCAUUCUCUUAAACUGACUAAGGAGGAUGUAAUUUUAUAUUCAGCUAAGGUGUCGCCCUUGCUAGGGAUGUAUCCGAGGUCAAGUGGUGCUCCGGUUGUAUCUUGCUCUGAGUUGGUAGGCGAAAGACUCCGACAGAUAAUAUUGCAAGAGAAUUUGCAAGGAAGUAGACAACCUGCAGGAAAGUUGACUUUUAGUAGACUGCGGUUGUCUUUGACAAUAGUUCCUGCAAUAUUUGUAGUGUCUGCAGUGUCUAUAGGUGGGUGGAAGGCUCCUGCAGCGAAGGAUGCCAUAAUGGUCACUGCCAGAAUUUGCGGCUGGCAGGAAUUUGUGGCCUAUAGGAAGGCGCCGGUAAGAUCUAUAGGUAUUUUUAUAGAACCCAGAAUGACAAAUGAGAAAUUAGGUGAAACAGCUCUAUGGUUUUCUGUAUCGCAGGUAAUAAAGAACGGGGAAAUGCUCGGAGUUUCCCAUCUCAGGAACAGAAGAGUUUUGUCUAAUGGAUUUGCUUUAUUAGGAAAGGAGAAUUUACAGUUGAUGUAUAGUGAUGGUGACAAAGCAUUUGGAACGUCGGAAGAACUUUGUAUUGAUGAGAGGUUAAGGAUUGCAUUUGACGGAAUAUUAAUUGUCUGCAUGGAAAUCUCACGUCCGCGACAUAUAAAUGGAUCGUCACAACCAUGCUUGAAAGGGAAAAUACGAAUUAGUACCCGGUGUUUGUGGCUGGACAAAGGGAAGUUGUUGGAUGCACUGUACAAAGCUGCACACGCUGCAUUAUCAAGUUGUCCUGUAAAUUGCCCAUUGGUUCACAUGGAAAGGAUUGUAUCUGAAGUACUGAGGAAGGUGGUUAGAAAAUACUGCAGUCGAAGACCAGAAGUCAUUGCAAUUGCUGUUGAGAACACCGUUGGUGCUCUCUCCGAAGAACUCAGGGAAAGAAUAGCAGGAAAAACUUAUGGUGGCUUUGAUUCUUCUGCAAUGAAUCAACAUUUAGAUAUUCGCAUGAGGAAGGAUUCAAGCAGCAGUUUUGAUGAAGAUACAGCAAACGUAAUGAGAAACCUUAUCGAAACAGAGGCUGAAGAUGAUUAUUUUGUGGCUGAGAAAUCACAUGUGGAAGAUCCUUUGCUAGAAUCAGAAGAUUUGGAAGAUGAAAACACAUCUUCUGUAGAACAUGUGAAAUCCAGUAACGCAAGCGGAGGGGAAUCAAUGAAGGUAUCAGAGGCGAAGACUGGUAGUCCCAAACCCGGAAAAAGGAACAAAUGGAAGCCUGAAGAAAUUACAAGAUUAAUUAAAGAACGUGGUGAUUUAAAUAGUAAAUUUCAGACUGUUAGAGGAAGAAUGGCUCUAUGGGAAAAUGUAUCUUCUAUCAUGUCAGCCCAUGGAAUAAUCCGUUCUUCCGCACAGUGCAAGUCUCUGUGGGCAUCCCUUGUUCAAAAAUAUGAGGAAAGUAGAAAUGAUGAGAAAAUUAGAAAGAGCUGGCCAUACUUCAACGCAGUAGAUAAGAUCUUGUCUGCUCCACAAGAGGCAGCAAAAUAAGCAAAGCUGAUAACCUGAUCGGAUAGAUUGUGUAAUCCAUUGGAGUAAAAUAGAAGGCUGCCAUGUCUUUCAUGCUCAGUCUUAGUGUGUAGAUUAGGAAGAAUCGGUGAGAAAUCAGUUUUCAAUCUUCAACAAGUCGUGCACUGCGGAACUAAAACUGGAGGACUACAAUUGCUUUUAUUGGACGCUUCAAAUGGGCAAUAAAAUUUGUUUUUCAUAAAUUUUGGACAGAAAUGUGAUGUCAUGUUUCUUUAAUCUAUACAGUACUGAUCUAGGCAUAACUUACUGCACUAAGUUGGGCCAGCCGGUGAGCACUGCUUUUUUUAGCUAUAAGAGUUAUUAGUAUGUCAAACAGUUGCAUUGUAACAACUACUGUAUCCAUUAUUUUUAUUAAUUCUUCAUUGUCAUUUUAAAAUGUUUUUCUAUUA